UACUGCUACUUCCACUCUGAUACUGCUGUGCCUGCGCUGUUCAAGCAACCACCACCUGCCUCACCCUGGAUCCCCAAGAUGUCGCAAAGACCUUCACCUCAUAGCGCACCAAUCUGGCACUCGGAGGGUACGAAGGAUCUCCAGGUGUUGUCUUCGGGCAUUGACCACGGGGUGACUCAAAACCCGUUCGAGCGCAGAUGGAGCCCGUAUGACUUUAAUGGCGGCACGACCCUUGCCAUUGCAGGUGCCGACUACGUGGUUGUUGCGGCCGAUACCAGAAUGAGUACAGGAUACUCCAUCAUGUCGCGCGAUCAGACCAAGCUUCAUCAGCUUACCUCGAAGUGCGUGAUUGCCUCUGCUGGUUGCAAGACAGACGUGACAACCCUGUGGAAAGAGCUGGAUGUUAGCAUGACCAUGUAUGAUCACAACAUGGAAAAGGAGAUGGCGACCCCAGCAGUGGCUCAGAUGCUUGCCAAUACCCUAUACUACCGGCGAUUCUUCCCGUACUACUCUUUCAACGUCCUGUGCGGUCUGGAUGAACAGGGGAAGGGAUCUGUUUUUUCUUACGAUGCUAUUGGGUCGUUCGAACGAGUCCCGUACAGCGCGUCAGGCUCUGGCCAGACGUACAUAAUCCCACUCCUUGACAACUUGGUAGAAUUCAAAACACGAAAGGACGAGAAGCCCGCACGCUCAGCAGCUGAAACGGUGGAGUUGGUGAAAGAGCUGUUAGUCACCGCAGGCGAACGAGACAUCUAUACGGGGGACGCGGUGGAGAUCACAAUCAUUUCAAAAGAUGGCACAUCGACACAGAUGUUCCCGCUUAAGAAAGAUUAGCUGUGUUGCAAUUUUGAACCGUGGUACAUUCAGUGUAGGUGGAUAUUUUGAUAUGCCGUAGCGGGAUAAGCUUGGAAAUAUCUUGAAGAGUGAGUCGUGGAGAAGCUGAGAGAUGAUGACUGUCCAGCAACAUUUGAGAAAAUCGCCUGCUUGUGGCAACGCGCUCGCAUACAGCAGUGCAUCAAAGGGUCCAUUAGCGUUCGUCAUUGGAAAGCUUUGAACAUCCAAUCGCAGUUCGCGCAUCUGCACCCCAGUGGUGUGAAACCUUCAGCACCACUGGGUCAAUUGCCAACAACCUUUUUGUAACGGUGUGACAUUGUGUGUGUUGUGACCCAUCUAAUGGGGAGUCACUCUGCCGGUCCUUGCGGUCUUGACGCAUCAACCGGGUGACGUUUUUCAGGCUUGAUAUUUUAUUCCCGCUCUCGCGGGUCUCCUCAGUACACGCGCACAUCGCUCGUUGGUGCAUCCAGAAGUUUCACUGGAAACAACGCGCCCGGCGUAGCAAUAAAUAGCACACCGCGGGGAUAUUUUGUGAACGCUUGACAUGCAGUCUCUUCGGGUCGAUAGCGGUCCCUCAUUCCGCUAGCUCUUG